AUGCAAUGCUUCGCGUAUCUCAAUGCACCGGAUAUAUUCGAUUGUUUUAAUAAUCUGAACUUUCGUUUGAACCAAUUGAUUCGCAAUAUUCCAUUGCAUCUCAAUUUUCAAUAUUUUGAUGCGGCAAUAUUCGAAAAAUUCUACGAAAUUCUCCUUCUGGAUUCGACAAUUCGAACUCAUAUUGUUUCAUUAGACUUGUCGAAUAGAAACGUCUGGUAUCAAAUACAAACCUUUCUAUCCGUGCUUCCUCUCGAGCCAUUCUCUAGUCUUCAGACAUUACAUCUGAGUAAAAUCGAGCAAGAUAACGAUGGUAAAGAAAUUUUACGUUUAACCAAGUUCCCUUACCCGCCUUUUUAUUACUUCACAAACUGGUCGGAAGAAUACAAUACAAUAUUCACCUCAUUAUCGAUCGACACAAUUCACACGUUAUCAAUAUCAACGAUCCCAUCAGAUCUAGUUUUUAUUCUUCAAUUUCCUUCAAUUAUCAAUCUAACGAUAUCAUAUUGUUCUUUGAAAGAUUUAUCUCGUUUCUUCACCUAUAUACCAAAAUUAGAGAGUCUGGAAAUUAACGUCAUUUUCAGAGAGGACGAUGAUGACGAAGAUGAUGCAACAAUCAAACCAUUUGUCAUCGACGGAUCGGUUAUUCAUUUAAAACAACUCCAAAUAAACAUUUUCGAGGGUGAAUUUGACGAGUUAGAAGCCUUAUUGAAUCAAAGUAAAAAUUUACAGAGUUUAACGAUUUCAACAAUCGACAAUUUCGACAUAAUCAAUGCUGAUCGCUGGCAGCAAUUGAUCACUUCUUCACUUCCGUGUUUGCGCAGAUUCAACUUUCGAUUUCUUGUUACCUAUAUUGAUGAUGACGACCUCACAAUUGAUGGCACAUUCGAGCAAUUCCAAAGCGAUUUUUGGCGUCACCAGCAUAAUUGGUGCAUCGUCUGCGAAUCAUAUGGCAAUCAAACAUCGAUUUAUUCCAUGCCGUACGCAUUUACAAGAUACACAUUACAAUCAACUUGCCAGAAAGCUGCGAAUCGGUAUGGAAAAGUGACUGAUUUAACAUUGUACUUAGAACAAGUGGUUAACUUCGACGGACAUCAAUUUCCGAAUGUGAAGUCGAUCAAGUUCGAAAGUCUUUUCGAUGAACAAAAUGAUGAAUAUCUAGGAAAAUCUGUGCAAUAUCUGACACGAACAACUCAUGUCGAUGUUUCGUCAUUGGAUGAACACAAGGCACGGAAUGUCUUAUCACGAUUAGCAACAGAAACGUCGAAAUUAGUCUCGAUUAAAAUCCAUAGGAAUUUAUUGGCUGUAUUAUUUGACAACGAGAAAUUACGGGAAUUACUUAAGAAAAUCAUUAGAAAAUUGAACAUUGUUGGGAUACAUGGCACGCAGUUGAUUAAACAUCAUGAGUUAAAGAUAAUUUGUAAGAUGUUCACAAAUAUCGAAGAAUUUACAUGCGAUGUUCUCGAUACGACCAGUUUAUUUCAAAUCCUACUAGCGUUGUCAACAUUAUCAAACAUGAAGUUGUGCUGUUUGACAUCGUUUCCAUCUGUACGACGAUCGUAUUGGUUGAAAAACUAUGGCAGAAAGCUCAAGAAGUAUCCAUUUACCAUCAACUUUCUAUGCGACUAUUCAUGCUACACAGAAAUCGGCAUUUAUUCUUCUGAUCAUGAAAAUAAUGAUGUUCAUGAGGACAUCUCUGAUGAUAUGUUUUUGGCCAUACUAAGAAAAUUUGAAUAA